GCUUUUUUUCUCUCUCUCUCUCUCUCGCUCUCCGAAGACUUUUGACAGAUGACGCCGAGACAUACACAACAAACUUGUUUGUUGUUAUUUUUCAGAUUCUGCCGGCGAUAUCGCAUGUGUUUCUAUCGGUAGUAUAUGAUAAAAUUAAGUAUUUUACGUGCAAACAGUCUCUACAGGAUCUAGUAUAGGCCCAUGUGAGAGUACCAAGGACAUUAUUCAGCUGAAGUUGCUAAAAACAGGUCCCGUAAAGAGCUGUGAUGAUGGAAGUCGAUGUUAAAGUACUACGCGAGGCGAUAGCUUGCAUCGCAAAUUUAAAACCGAAGGAUAUCACGCUUACCAAGCUCGUAGACUGCUUGGAAGCAAUAAAGCUGUCCUUCCCGGUGGAAGAAUCCUGCACGGACAUCCUGUGGAAAGGCACAGUUCAAUACUGCGCCCUGCUGACUGAAUUCGCCGACAAGGGACUCGUGGAAAAGCAGAACCAAUCGGCAGAAAGUGAGGAGGUGAUAAACCUGCAGGAUCAAGCGUCCUAUCUUACGACGAUCGAUCUCGUACGGCAGUUCACCGUGCAUCUGUAUCUUCCACGAGAACUGCGCGGACUGUCCCGAUGCGACAGCCAGCUGAUGGUGAUGGUGGAAGAAGAGGAACGCGUUCGAAGACUUUCGUUCUGCGCUGCUCAGUUUGAACGACUAUUUGAAAAGAAAAUGCUGGCCCUACAUCCAAGACUGACAGACACCGUGAUCGAUUUCAUUGCCGCUCUCUACAGUCUCUCUAAGGCAAGUUUGGUAGAAAAAUGGAAAUGUUACGCCUUUCCCAAGGACCUCAUCUUUCGCAGUCUGCUGGUGAUCAAAGGAGCACCCGGACUGCCCCUAGAACUGGCCAAAGUGCUUCAUAUCGAUCUGUUGCACCUCACGGGAGAACCCGGUGGAUUCUCCGCACUCUGUAAAACGUUGUUUGCUGUGGGUGAGACAAACGAAAAUGCUCCAGCAUGGCAUAAAAGCGAAGUGGUUGCGAAAAUCGUAAGCAGUAAAGGACACACGAAGAAAUUUUAUCGACAAAUAUUGACGGAUUGCUUCGAGUUCUAUCGUUGGGCCGUUCAGACGGGCACCGAAGAAUCGUUGGCAUAUGCUGCAACGUGUGUAGAAUGUCUAAAGCGAUUCUUGCAACUACCGGCACCGUAUCGCGAGCUGCACACACGCAUUGAGGAGUACUUUUUCCGGUCCUUUCAAGACUUAGCAGCACCAACAGAGCUUGUGGCCGGAUGCGUCCUUCAAGAGCGAAACACUUUGGCAAACAAUUUGUACGAGUGCAGUAUGGCGUUCACGGGAUCUACGUUCACGUCGUUGCCAUCGGCUCUGCUGGUUCCAUAUCUGCAUCUGUUCCUAAGAAUGUACUCCAUGCUUCCAUCCACCUUCGACGAGCAGAAAUAUUUGCACAGUAUGAUCGUUUUCUGUUUGUCCAAUCGAUCCAGAGCGGAAUUGAAGCGCAUCAUAUUGUCCCUCUUGCUGAACGAACCUGAUGGUGAAAUCGGCCGAUAUUGGCUUCACACAAGAAUUGUUGUUAAAUACUGUGAAAACGACAAUAACUACAGCCUGCAAAUUGGACCUUCCACGAGCGACGAUGACGCUGGCAGCGAUAAUCUCCUUCCAGCGGUAGUUGAUGUGCUUAAGUCAUCUGAUCGAAACUUGCUACUGUACGAUGCGUUUCUUGUACUGCUGAACGAGCUUAUGACCGGCGGAUGGACAGAUAAUUCAUUCGAGCCCACGCAGCUGGUGGAUGCUGUCGAGCGAGACAGUUUGCUCUGCGAUCGAUUCCACCAAAAGUACAUUCUCAUCCAAUCGCUGAUGGAUCUUAUUAACCACAAGCACUUCCACACCCAACUGUACGAUAAUCCGGGCGAAGUUUUGAAUAUAUUAACUGCCACGCUUACGAAAAUUAUCGACAAUUCCAAUGAUAAAGAAUCACAGGUCGCGUCUGAUGGGAACGAUUCCGAUGUUCUAGAGGUGAUGUUGUCGAUUUUCCAAGAAUUUCUUCAGCGCAAUCGCAACCGUCCCGAGGUGGAAGGCGUUUUGAAGCUUCUUCGCAGGUACCGUAGUUCGAAGAGUUGUAGUGAUGCGAUGAAAGUACAGAUCGAUCUGCUUUGCAACGAAACAUCAACCGAACACGAAGGAGUAUCGGGAUCAGCCUGCCAAAAUGCGCUAAGCCUCUGCUCAGAUCAGCAACCCUACUGUAAGGUGUACGGAACGACUCUUCUGCUGAAAUUGCUGAAAGAACGAGACCCGGAAACGUACGGCCAGCGGCACAAAAUCCUUGUACUCGCUCUGGUAAACUUACGAGAUGAGGAAAGUUACGCGUUCCUCAACUCUGUACGCCUACUCGUGGCACUCUGCGAUGUCCUAGAGGCGGAAGUAAUCGAUGCGCUUGUGAAGGAGUAUCUAAACGAGAGCAACGACACAGACUAUCGGCUUAAGGUGGGCGAAGCGACGGUAAAGACAGUGGAAACGCUAGGCCCUUUUGCGGUACGGUACCGCGAUACGCUGGUGAACUGUUUCCUGGCCGGGACGCGCCAUGCUGUGGAAGAGUUCCGCACAUCGAGCCUCUCGAAUGUGGGCAACGUGUGCCGAAUUCUUUCCUACCAGGUGCAUCACUUUUUCUACGAGCUUUUCACAACCAUCAAAUCGAUUGUGGAUACGGAUGGCUAUCUGCCGGCGAGAAGAGCAGCUAUCCUGGUGCUUUCCCAGUUGCUGGAAGGAAUCGACAGCCUGAUGGAUUUUCAGGAGUAUCUUCUGUUGAUCUACCGGUUUUUGAAGCACGUUAUCGCAACCGACAACGACGACGUCACCAAACUCCAGGCGGCUGUUGCGCUGGAUCAUUUGAAGGCAAAGACGAAAGAUUUUCUUCAAAUUAAUCCAGAUGAGUUGGAAAGACGCAUGUUCGGAAGGGUUAUCUAAGGCGCUUGCAGCGCACGUCGAUGAGAGCUGAGUAAAACGAUUUUUAAAAACAUA